AUGAUUAAUGCAGCUGAAUCUAUGGUGGCUACGUUGAAAAGCUGUUUAACACCAACUGUCAUCUUCUGCAUCUUGAACCUCACCAUUGCUAUCAUUUACAUAACUUCAUCCCUCAAUAGACAUCAUAUACUCGGUGAUCACGAGGAUAACUCUCGACCACAGCUCGUCCAAGUUCCACCACUUUUCGAACGAGUGGAUUCGAUCAACCUCCCAAUCUACCGCUCCGAACAGCCCGACCGGUUUGACGAUGCCACCGCCCCUCGAGAACCAACCCAUCAGCAAAAGUAUGAAGCUGAAAAGGAGGAUGUGAAGCGCUGUUUAUAUGUGGAGGAGAAUCACGUGACAAGGAGCACGUCUGAACCGUGCGUGAAAGCUCCGGUGAAAAGGGUGUUGAAGAAGUCAGCGAGCGAGAAGGUGUAUGUGGCUGAACCGGAGGCAGAGGCGGAUCGGCAGUGGCCUGCGACUGCGAGAGAGAUGAAGAAUUUGAGGGAAACUGUGUACUACGAUGAGAACGAGGAUGUGGAUGCAAAAGCUGAUGAUUUUAUUAACAGAUUUAGGCAGCAGUUGAAAUUACAGAGUGUGGACUCCAUUUUGAGCAACAAAACAGAACAUCAUAAUGCAGCUGAUAUAACGCAGUCUGAUGCACCACCUACAGUAGCUUCAUCCAGCAGAGAACUAGCUCCUCGGAUUGAAACUGAGAUACAAGACAACUUUGGUAAUGAAUUAGGAGCUCAAGGUGAAUACCUUGAUCAAGAGGAUUCUCGUCAGCAAACUCUUGAUAUCAACCAAGGUGAAAUUGAAGCUCAAGAUGUGGAGAAUGAGCACAAUGCUGAAGAUCAAAAUGCAAGAAGGACUGGCAGUCAUCACAUGAUUACUAGAAGCAAGGCAGGAAUUUUUAAGCCUAAGCUUAAGGCCACCCUUUGCCACCUCCAUUUCACACCAGAGAUCUUCAGCUCCACCAUAACCAAUGCACGCACUGCUAGCAGAAUCUUGAAGAUGAACAAAGUGAAAAAAAAUAUAAACUGCAGCCUAAAGCGAGAUUGCGACGAUAAUUACGGUGUUUUCACCACCACGACGGCGGCGGCGUCGAGGGGAAAGAGUUAG